AUGGCUUUAACGCGAAGUAAUCACGCACAAGCAGUAGCGCACGCUGCUCAUCUCGCAUCUAAGCAGCGGAACAUGCGCAUCCCGACCUACGUUGUCGUUCCGUCAAACUGUCCACCUAAAAAGGUCACUGCUGCCCAAAACCACGGUGCUACAGUCCUCUUCUCCGGAACCGAUCCCAACGACCGGGUUCUGCUCGCCGAGCAGAUACAGCACGCCACCAGUGCAAUACUCGUCCCGCCAGCUGACCAUCUCAACAUUGUUCUCGGUCAGGCAACUGCAGUGCAAGAGUUCCUGCAGCAGACCUCCCAAACGGGAAACAGUCUCGACGCCAUCAUCGUUCCCAGUGGUGGAGGGGGCUUACUCUGCGGUGCCAUCGCAGCUAGUAAGCCCCAAGGCGUGGCUGUCUUCGGCUGUGAACCUGAAUAUGGAGGCCCCGGGCUGGCGCAUGCUCUUCAGAGCGGCAGACGAACGCUCAAGAUUCAAGGGCCUGGUUCGAUCGCGGAUGGACUGCGCUCGCUGACGGGCGAGGCGAACUGGGAGCACAUCCGAGCGGAGGAGAAUGUCAAUCGAGUAUUGACCGUCAGCGAGGCGCAGAUUGAAGAUGCGCUGAGAGUUGGCGUGAGAGAGUUAGGUUUUGCGAUCGAGCCGAGCGCUGCUGUGCCGCUGGCUGCGGCCUUAUUUAGCGAUGCGUUUCAUGGAUGGGUGGCGGCUGCUGAUAGGCGCGUAAGAGUUGGCGUUGUCUUGACUGGAGGUAAUGUCAGCACGGAGGAUCUAGUUGCUUUGGUACCUGGCUUCGAUGGAGCGGGGAAGGAAACUUUGUAG